CAACCUCGUCACGAUGCAUCGCACCUAUUCUAUGCGCCAGUCGCGCGUUCCCACCGCCUCGCAGAUCGAGAACCCUCCCCCGCCAUUGUCCUCCACCAAGUCGAACAGACUCUUCGGAAAGGGUGGCUUCGGUACAGGCCAUGCCCUGCGCAAGAACGCCGCCGGCGCCUUCGGGCCAGACCUAGCCCGCAAACUCUCCCAGCUGGUCAAGAUGGAGAAGAACGUCAUGCGCAGCAUGGAGAUGGUGUCCCGGGAGCGCAUGGAGACUGCUCAACAACUCUCCAUCUGGGGUGAGAACUGCGACGAGGAUGUGUCUGACAUCACCGACAAGCUCGGUGUCUUGCUCUAUGAGAUUGGGGAGCUCGAGGAUCUCUUCGUUGAUCGCUACGAUCAAUACCGUGUUACCAUCAAGAGCAUUCGCAACAUCGAGGCGUCCGUCCAGCCCAGCCGUGACCGCAAGCAGAAGAUCACCGAUGAGAUUGCCAAGCUCAAGUACAAGGACCCCAACUCUCCCCGCAUCGUCGUCCUGGAGCAGGAGUUGGUCCGCGCGGAGGCCGAGUCGCUCGUUGCCGAGGCCCAGCUCUCCAACAUCACCCGCGAGAAGCUCAAGGCCGCCUUCCAGUACCAGUUCGAUGCGCUCCGCGAGCACUGCGAGAAGGUGGCGCUGAUCGCCGGCUACGGCAAGCACCUGUUGGAUCUGAUCGACGACACACCAGUGACGCCCGGUGAGACUCGCCACGCCUACGACGGCUACGACGCCAGCAAGGCCAUCAUCCAGGACUGCGAGGAGGCGCUCGCCAACUGGGUCACCUCCAAGGCCUCGGUCAAGUCCAACCUGUCCACCCGCUCGCGCACCCUGUCGCAGCGUCGCCGCGAGGGCGUGAACAAGAGCCGCGAGGGCGUCGACCUCUCCGGCCAGGAUCAGCCUCUGGGCCGUGACUCGUGGGUGCCCGCCGACCAGCACUCGUCCUACCACCACGAUGUAGAGGAUGGCGAGGAAGUCGCCAGCACUCUGGACGGUGAGACCCGGGGCCGCGAGGAGGAGCGAGAGCCCGAGACAGCCGUUUAGAGACCCACUUACCGAAGAAAUCUGGUUGAUAUUAUCACGAUCAUUAAGGUUCCUGGAGUAUGCCACUAAUUGUGAUUUGGUUUUCAUCGAGAUUCCCGCUUGAUGUGUUGUUCUGCCUUGUCUGCUUUAUCCUCUUUUCCUUUUCACCCCCGAUGAAUUACUGAUAAUUAAUCAAUUCCGAUGACGAUGUCUAUCCUGCCAGAAACAAGAAAAAAAAGAACAUAAUAUCCAGUCGUGUGUCCGCCAGAGGGGUGUGAAUUUGUGUGUGAGGGCGCACACGUCUGCGAUGAUAGCCACAGGGGGGAUAUGACCUUUUUCCGCGGGCGACUUUUUCCCUCUACUGUCCUAAUCGACUAAUGUAAUACUAUACCACUUGCCCAAGUUGACGGCGAUGGGGAGGUACAUGUUUCACGUCUGCUGUGUUCCGUCUUGAUUGCAGUCAUGUUGUUUAGGAUUUGAAUAGUAAUCGAUUGACUUGCGGUCGUUUUCG